AUGACUCAUUUCCAUGUUGUGAACUUUGGGAGCAGUACAAUUACUCUUAAAAUCUCUAUGAGUGGAAUGGAGCAGAACUCAUUGCAGUCCUUUGGGGCAACAAAAACUACAUUAACAUCAACCAAUGUGAUGGAUGAGAAUUAUUUCCAAGAUCCGAAGAAGGUGUCACCAGUUGAAACUAUAGUUGAACAAGUUAGCAAAAACAUGGAUGUUGUACUCUCACCGAACACUGAAAACAAGAUUGGGCUCAAUUUUGCUAGACUCCUUAUUGAGGUUGAUGUUGAUUCUCCCUUACCAGAUAAGGAGUUCUAUAUGACAGAUGUGUAUGCUUUUAAUACUAAGGAGGAUAGGAAGAGUCUGUGGCAACAUCUAGAAAGUAAUAGUGGAGGUAUUAAUAUACCAUGGUUGAUUACUGGGGAUUUUAACUCAGUAUUGCACGCCGAUGACAGAAUAGGAGGGCUUUCGGUUAUUAUGGGAGAAGUGGUAGAUUUUCAAGUUUGUAUUGAUGUUUGUGAACUCAUAGAGUUACCAUAUGGAAGGUGUAGGUACAUAUGGAAUGACAAACAUGGAGAUAAUGGAGUGUUCUCCAAAAUUGAUUGGGCAUUUAUCAAUAGAGAAUGGUUGGAUAACAUGCCAGUGAUUCAGGCUGAUUUUCUUGUAGAGGGAAUCAAUGAUCAUUGCCCACUUAAACUAAAAAAGGUUACUGUUACUUUGAAGUUUAAGGGGAUUGUAACACAAGUGUGGCAACAACAAAUAGAAGGCUAUAGUAUGUUCCAAAUAGUUAAGAAGCUAAAAAUUCAAAAGAAGGCUCUUAAGAAGCUCAACCAGCAACACUUUAGGAAUAUUCUAGCAGAGGCUGAGGAUGACAGGGCAGUUUUAAGUCAAGCUCAAAAUAGACUGCAUGUAGAUCCUUCAAGUGUGACAUUACAAGAACAAGAGAAGGCCAUGUACCAGAAAUUUAGGAAAUCUUCUUAUUUAGCAAAACUGUUUUUACAACAGAGAAGUAAGGCAAGCUGGAGCAAGCUAGGAGAUGAAAACACUAGAUACUUCUAUUCAGUUAUCAAACAUAAGAGAUUACAACAAGCCAUCACUCAGAUCAAGGAUCAAACCGGGGCAGUACAAACAGACAGUAUAAGCAUAGCAAAUGUUCUUGUAGACUAUUAUGAAGCAAUGCUAGGAAAGAGAAAAAGAAGAAGAGCAAAAGCUUUUCACAUCUUCUUGAAGAAUGGACAUAUACUUUCUACUGAACAACAGGUAGAACUGAUCCAACCUUUUACAACUAAGGAAGUGAAACAUGCUAUGUUCAGCAUUGAUGUGAAUAAGAGUCUAGGGCCAGAUGAGUAUGACAGUGGAUUCUAUAGAGAAACUUGGAGUAUAAUUGGUAAAGAUAUUACUGCAGCUAUAUUGGAAUUCAUGGAGAAUGGUAGAUGCUAA